AUCAAUUUACCACGACCGAACUGACUCGAGUUUAUCGAUUGCUAGAUUGGUCAAGAGCGGUCAUCAACCUCACCUUCGAACGAUGCAGGACGAGGACCAUCCAGCGAGCGCACUCGUUAACCGUUACCUUGAAUUAUCGGCAGGCCAGAUAACACCCUCAGAAAGUCAGAAUAUCACCCAGGAACUCAGCUCAUGGGUACAGAAAGAACCCCAGACACAUUUAUUACUAGUGAUCCAGGCCUCCCGUUUAGGACUCACUUCAGAAUCUGACACCACUCGAGCCCAUGCAAACAGACUGUUAGCUCGACUAGUGCACGCACUGAUCGACUACAAAUCACUCUCAAAAACUCAAGUCAAUCUCCUCGUCGAAUUCUUUGUAGAAAAGCUGGAUGACGGACCGUCGAUCGUCGUCGAAGCAUUGGCUGCACUGAGGUCGUUGUCCAGAUCGGACAAUUUUCAGGCUGAACAUGCCAUCAAAUGUUGUAAUGCGUUUGUGUUUUCAUCCACUCUACCACACGCCUUCUUACGCGUUCAACUUACACCUUUGCCACCUAACAGCCUCUUCCAGCAUCUCUCCAUCCGCGAUCUCGAGCAGCCAAAAAGGCUGGCUGUCCUCAUGUUGGUCGAUAAUUUACUGGCUUAUCAUCGUGAUGCUUUACAAAGUAUGGGCUCCGAGUUUCUUUCGGGUUACUGCACCCUAGUGGAGGGCGAAAAAGAUCCAAGGAACCUGGUAGUAGCUUUCAAAUUGGCCAAAGUGAUCUUGACUGAAUUUGAUUUGGGUGAUCAAGCGGAGAGCUUGUUCGACAUCACAUUUUGCUAUUUCCCGAUCACCUUCAAACCUCCGCCCGGAAAUCCUGAUGCCUAUGGUGGAAUCACCGCCGAGGAGCUCACUCAAGGCUUGAUCGACUGUCUCUCAGCUACGCCGCAAUUUGGAAUCUUGGUCUUACCUCUCUUGUUAGAAAAAUUUCAAGCGCCUGGAUUGGGGCCCAAGUCCCAAGUUUUGGAAACGGUGAUCCAAGCUUUUCCAAUUUAUGGCCGAGCAGCAGUAGCAGAGUUUGCUUCACUGUUCUGGGAAUCAUUCCUUGUCGAAAUCUUCCAACCUAACACGUCUCCCAGCCAAGACUUUUUACGACUUCUAGAGCGUGCCUGCCAGACUCUAUUCUCGACCGUUUUCCCUGCUGAGGUCGAAUUUUCUCCCAGUGGCCCGCUUGAUUUCAUCAAGCAAGCUCUCGAAGUCGUCAUGAAAGAGUUACAUUCACCUGAAAAAUCUAGGGCAGUUCCGGCCACUCGACUGGUCGGUUGGAUCGUCGAGAGUGGCGCAAAUGUCACUGAUGUGAUACUACCAACCAUUGACACAAGCGUGGGCACGCUUUUACAUCUAUGGAAGGCGACUAAGACUGCCACCGGGGAUGACGUCUUACUAAAACGAACUAGCAUACUUGGCCAUCUCAGUACGAUAUUUAGCUCAAUAGGAGCCGUCACCAGCAAACAAGCUACUUCAGUACAUCUUUCAAUUUCACAAUGGCUUACGAGCUCCCUCCGACAUGACAUUCUGUCGAUAUUGAUCAAAGAGGUCCUGGAAAACGCAUCAUGCACAGAUCCGCUUCUUCAGGUCGCAGCACUGCGAACUCUAGUCAACUUUGUAGGUAUUCCCGACACACUUGAGAUGCACGAAGCAAAUGAUGUGAUUGGCACUGUGACUCGCUUGCUUCUGAGCAGUGAUGAGAAUGAAAUAACCAAUGCUGUCAUUGAAAAUCUUUCCACCAUAGCAGACUCCCAUCCAGCUGCAGUAGCUUCGGUCACCCUUCCUGAACUCUUCUCAAAAUUACCCAGCGCCAACCACCUCCCUUCGGUGGAAGCAUCUCCACCGAUUCCUCCUGUCACCUCAGCUAAAUAUAUCACCAUUUUAGAUGGCCUGGCAAGUCUGUGCGAUCGCGCAACUCUCUUUGACUCUUUCCUUGUCCGACUGUUCGACGCGCUCGAGUCCAGCUGCAACGCCGCCUUUCAGGUAUCGGUAAAGGAAUUCUUAUCCUUAUCUGAUGGAAAUAAUCGCAACCAGCCAUUUGAUUAUCGUGCCUACAGCCACCAUCUCCUCAUAUGCCUCCACACUGUCAUACAAGCCAAAAUCAAUUCAUUCAAUGCCACCCUCAAGAGUCCCGCAUCUGACAUGGAAGAAUGCGCGGUCACGGCGACUCAGGCACGUGGUAUCAUCGGUAGAUUAUUUGAGAUUCUUCUCUGUGAAGGACAUGCCUUAGAGAAUUUACCCGCCGAAGGAGGUGGGGAGGCUUCAGGGGUUCGGAGAGAUGUUGAUCUCAAUGCGAUUCGCGAGCAUUGUACAAUUCGUAAUGAUAAGCGGAUAGUCAUCAACGCUGGUCAAAUCAUCAACUCGCUGAUGGGUCAGCUUGACUUCCAUCUUGGUAAUGUGACGGAGAUAGUUGCAGAGUCUCGGAACCUUUCAUCGGCCUCUUCAGCCACUCGGUCUUGCAAAAUCGAAAGAGGCUUUUUACCCAUGUCUGUUGAUGCACCAGAUCCGGAUAAGAACAUGCUGGCUCUCUAUGUAGAAGCCUUAAUCGCCAUCAGACCUGGAUACUAUCAUUUCAUUUCCCAGACCGGCUCUCCUAACCCAGUUGCCCUUCAGGCUAGUCUCAGAUUACUGUGUUCAACGCUCGACCAGUUUUGGGCGUCCGAAAUCGAGGCCAGCCGACUUACACGGCCGCGCUCAAGGAAACUUGCGAUCAUGAUGUGGAUCUGGAUUAUCAAGGGUUUGGUCGUUCGAUCUGACCCACGGGGGUACACGAUGCUCGACCGAAUUUGCGGUUUGUUGAAGGAGGACGGGGAACUUAAAGGUUGGAUUGCAAAACGCUUGGCCGUCGUUGUUGAUCAUAAGGACGAGACUAUCAGUCCCAAGAACUUUGCAGUCAUCAAGGUAGAACAUUCGCCCCCCUCAUCCACAGUAGUUUGUUUCAGAUUGGAUACUAAUUCGAUUUGGGAUGACGCUCAGUUUUUAUCCAUGCAACGCGCUUGCCAUUAUCUGAUCGGUCGUCUAGUUCGCGACUAUGCUGAGGCAAACGAAGAUUCACGUUGGGUUUAUCUUGUCGGAUUGGCCACUUUACUUGCACGAGUGGGAUCCUCAGUGACCUCCCUGCAGCAUGAAAAGAUUAUACCUUUGCUACUUGAGGCGUUAAAGCUACCUGAUGUGGACGUUAAGUUGGAUAGCUUGGUGACCAUCCAUGACCUGAUUGAAAACGACAAGCGAGGGACCGUCUUCGAGAAUCACUUAUCUUCUCUAGUAUCGGCCUUGUUAAUCAACUGUACCUUCGGAAGGGGUAGCAUCAAUGGCGAAGACAGGUCCAAGACACCUAAUGACUCAGCGCCAAAAACGGGAGGAACAUCUGCGUCGGUCAGGCUUUUCGCGCUGAAGAUUCUGGCACUCCUGCCGAGCAAGGCCGGCCACCCGUCGUCCUCAACCCCCGGCCCUUCCCCGCCACCGUCCGGCCUGCCAUCCAAUGUCGCCAAGGGCGUCCUACAAGGCCAACGGAACAAGGUGUUGCUGGCCCUGUCCAGUGCACUCGACGACCCCAAACGCGACGUCAGGAAGAUCGCCGUUGAUUGUCGCGCUUACUGGUUCUCUCUAAACUUGACUUGAUUUCGAUCAUGGCACCCCAUGCGUUCAACUUACCACAACUACUCCUUUUCCAAAUUUUUAACCGUUUUCUAUCGUUCAUCUGCUUUUCGAUCUAUUUACCAUGA